CUCACCCCUCUCACCCCUCUCUCCCGGUCCCCCCAACAGCGUAUCAAGGAGGGCAGUGUGGUGGACAAUGUGAAGGUGAUCUCUGUUGGAGACCACAUAGAGUGCAUCAACGGGAAGAACAUUGUGGGAACACGUCACUACGAGGUGGCUCGCAUGCUGAAGGAGCUGCCUAAGGAGCAGAAGUUCACCCUCAAACUGGUGGAGUCCAUGAAGGCCUUCGAGAUGCUGGAGCCGAGGUCGAAGGGAGCCAAGCCGGCCAGUGAGAAUAAGUUGGGGACAGGGAGAGGGACUCUGAGACUGCGCGCCAAAGGACCUGCUACUGUAGAGGAAGUGCCGACAGAGUUUGAGGAGAAAGCAGUGAAGAAGGUGGAUGACCUACUGGAGAGCUACAUGGGUAUCAGAGAUACAGAACUGGCGGCAACCAUGGUGGAGGUGGGUCGGGACAAGAAGAACCCUGAUGAGUUUGCCAUGGCUCUGGACGAGGCUCUCGGAGACUUUGCCUUCCCUGACGAGUUUGUGUUCGACGUCUGGGGCGCCAUUGGAGAUGCCAAACAGGGACGUCUUUAAUGUUUUAACUGAUUACCCAGAUCACCUAGCUUGGUCCAAGACGGCACAAACACAUCUGGGACCAGGCUACCAACCCCUGUUCCAGUGGACAAAUAUCAGCCAGUAGAGAAUGAGGGGUGGGAAUUACCAGGGACCUCACGCAUUGCGAUUCCACACUGUGAUUUUAUUCCAAUUUGAUGUUCCGAACAUAUUGCUCACUAAAUGUCUGCUGCAGAAGGACAAGCUAGAGAAUGAGGAAAUUCGUUUUAAACCAGUCAUUGAAAUAAGUGAUCACUAUGAUAAAGAUGGAAAACAAACUAUAGGAUGGAAAAUACCAGAAUUUUGGCGCAGGUACAUCCGACUAGCGCUAGCUAACACUACCUUUGAAAAUUAAAAAUCGAUACUUAAAGAGUCAAAGUAUCUACAUAAUACGGUCCAAAAUAAUAUUGUGAUAUGGAACUAUCGAUUUUAUUCCCCUAUUGUUAUUAUAUACACCCUCGAAAACAGAAUCACUUAUUGAUCAGUCAUGUCCCACUCAACCUAGUUCUCUGGAAUGCAUCACAAAUGGACACCCUAUUCCCUACAUAGUAGACUACUAUAGACCAGAGCCCUAUUCCCUACAUAGUACACUACUAUAGACCAGAGCCCUAUUCCCUAUAUAGUGCACUACUAUAGACCAGAGCCCUAUUCCCUACAUAGUGCACUACUUGGCACCCUAUUCCCUAUAUAGUGUACUACUAUAGUCCAGAGCCCUAUUCCCUAUAUAGUGUACUACUAUAGUCCAGAGCCCUAUUCCCUACAUAGUGCACUACUAUAGUCCAGAGCCCUAUUCCCUACAUAGUGCACUACUAUAGUCCAGAGCCCUGUUCCCUACAUAGUGCACUACUUGGCACCCUAUUCCCUAUAUAGUGUACUACUGUAGUCCAGAGCCCUAUUCCCUACAUAGUGCACUACUAUAGUCCAGAGCCCUGUUCCCUACAUAGUGCACUACUUGGCACCCUAUUCCCUAUAUAGUGUACUACUAGACCAGAGCCCUAUUCCCUACAUAGUACACUACUAUAGACCAGAGCCCUAUUCCCUAUAUAUUGCACUACUAUAGACCAGAGCCCUAUUCCUUACAUAGUACACUACUAUAGACCAGAGCCCUAUUCCCUACAUAGUACACUACUAUAGACCAGAGCCCUAUUCCUUACAUAGUACACUACUAUAGACCAGAGCCCUAUUCCCUACAUAGUACACUACUAUAGACCAGAGCCCUAUUCCCUACAUAGUACACUACUAUAGACCAGAGCCCUAUUCCCUACAUAGUACACUACUAUAGACCAGAGCCCUAUUCCCUACAUAGUACACUACUAUAGACCAGAGCCCUAUUCCCUACAUAGUACACUACUAUA